CAACAAGUGCCUCGAUUUUCUUGUUUCGAUUUAAAGACAAACAUUAUUCAGCGUAAAAUAUGUUGAUGUUUUGUCCGACGUGUGCCAACGUUCUCGUUGUUGAAGAGGGACCACAGUGUUACAGAUUUGCGUGUCAUACGUGUCCAUUUAUUCAGAAUGUGACGAGAAAGAUUUCCAGCAAGAAGUUCCCACGGCUGAAGGAAGUUGAUGAUGUACUAGGAGGAGCAGCAGCCUGGGAGAAUGUAGACUCAACAGCUGAGAAAUGUCCCAAGUGUGAACAUGCGAGGGCGUACUUCAUGCAGAUACAGACCCGCUCAGCUGAUGAACCUAUGACGACCUUCUACAAAUGCUGCAGCCCGGAGUGUGGACACCGAUGGCGGGACGCCGGUUAACAAAUUUUCAGACCACAUGUUUGUAGAAAAGUUGUUUAUUUUAAAAACUUUAAAAAAUCUCAGUCAAGCAAUGUACGUUUCAGAGGGUAUGAGAAGAUAAGAUUUCAUAGAGCUGCUUAACAUGCUUAAGCAGAGAACAGUGCUCAGUUUUACCGGUCACAAAGUGUUCUGGUGACAUGGUAGUUUUGCUUGUAACCUUAUUUUGGUUAGCAUAAUUUGUUAUGCUAAGCUACUAUUUGUGCUUUUAAAGCAGCUCUAUGAAAUCGGGAACCUGUUUUUACCAACUAAAAAGAUAGUAUGAUGUACAAGUUUUUAAAAACUAAUAUUUUUUUCAUUUUCCUCAUCCAUUCAUUCAUUUUUGUGAGCAAAUCAUCGGCAAGCUCAAAGGUGAAUUAUGUGGCAUUACAAGAAGAAUAGCGCCUUCAUAAUAAAUCCAUAAAGAAACGCUAGUUAAAUGCAUUGCCCACUGGGUGGAGCCAAUUUGUGUGAUUACUGCCCCGGAUUUAAAUCUUUGAGAGGGCAAGGCCAUUUUCUUUUUUCAAAGGGCACUCUCAUUGGAGAAUCUUCAAAGUCUAUGGGAAACUUUUGAAGGGGCGCCAAGGCCAAGACCUUGGCAACGGAGGCUUAUGCCCCCCCCCCCCUGGCCUUUGUGUUAUUUCAGGCACUUAUGAACAGAAUGGUGAUAAGCCGUUUGUUGUUAGAUUUGAAUAUUGUCUUGUACAAUAAUGAGCUUGAUCCUCAAGUUACCACUUAAAUUUGAAUUCAUCAGACUACACAGACAGUUGCGUUGUCACAUGAUUUGGGGCAAACUUUUUCGUAGUUAACUAAGAGAUGGCGCAAACCCAUACAACAUGAAUGGGUAUAUUCACAAUGGUACCAGGGUUUGCUUAUCUUGAGGUUGCGUUACAAAGGGUGCAUUCGAUUAGCUUCCCUGGGUCGACCCCGAUGUGGCGUAUUUUUACGUGGGCACAUAAUUACCCCACAUUCGUCCUGGAAAAGUCGCCUAUUUUGUUUUCCAGUACGAACGUGUGCAGAUGUUUACCCACGCUCCAC